CGAAGUUGAGCCUAAUGCGUCCUGAACAGCCCGCAGCUCAAACUUGCGCGCGGACUGGGAAACAAUGGUGUUUGGAGACGAGCUGUCCGCUCACCGACACCGAGGGCCGGCACGACGGUUUCAGUGCGUGAAAAUAGUUUAACCGAGAGGCCGAUCAACUCACCGGGGCUCGUUUUUUGGGAGUCGCGCACGUGAUGGCUGAAGAGUCGCGACCCGGUCAGUGACAGCCCGCAGACAGCAGGGAGAGCUGUGCGCAGAUCUCUGUGCAUUAGAGUAUGAGCGCUGCCAAGAGGUGAAGGAAAUCUGGGAGCUUCUUGUUGCGACGAAAGUAAUAUUAACGCAGCUUGUGACGAAUCCAAACCGAAGAAACCAUGGAGGCCUCACAGGACCUCAACGAACAGAUGGUGAAGAAAUCACACAGUGAAUCUCAUGUUCCAGACCCUUCUGAUACCAGGUCUAUGGAAAUGCAGGACCUAGCCAGUCCUCAUAACCGCGUGGGAGGCGGGGAUUCGACGGGCUCCAAGCUGGACAAGAACAACCUCGGCAGCCCCUCCAUCACCACCAAUGGAACAGGAGGUGAAAACAUGACAGUUCUAAACACGGCUGAUUGGCUGUUGGGCUGCAGCAGCCCGCCCCCCGCCCCGAGCUCCAAGGACUAUGUGAAAACAGAGCCUAUGAACAACAGCGACACAGUCACUACCACAGGCGACACAGCACUGGACACAUACGCAGGCUCAGUGAUCACCAGCGGCGGUUACAGCCCUCGUUCGGCCCACCAGUAUUCCCCUCCGCUCUACCCCUCAAAGCCCUAUCCUCACAUCCUCUCCACGCCGGCGGCCCCGUCCAUGCCGACGUACGCCGGUCAACCCCAGUUCGGCAGCAUGCAGCAGUCGAGCGUCUACACCGCUUACUCCCAGACGGGGCAGGCAUACGGGCUGUCCUCCUACGACCUCGGCGUGAUGCUGCCGGGCAUUAAGACGGAGAGCGGCCUGGCUCAGAGUCAGUCCCCUCUGCAGACGGGCCUCAGCUACAGCCCCGGCUUCACGACCCCUCAGCCCGGACAGACCGCAUACUCCCCCUACCAGAUGCCAGGUUCCAGCUUCACUCCUUCCUCGGGCCUUUACGCCACCAACAACUCAGUGUCCAACCCCGCCAACUACGCUGCCACACAGCAGGAUUAUCCCUCCUAUACGACGUUUGGCCAAAACCAGUAUGCCCAGUAUUAUUCCGCCUCUACAUACGGGACUUAUAUGACCUCCAACAGCGUGGAUGGCACAGGCAACACGGCAGCCUAUCAGCUGCAAGAUCCCGCCCCCGCCAUGACCGGACACGCUGCUGAACUUCACCCAGGGGAGUUUGAUACAGUGCAGAGCCCCUCCACGCCCAUCAAAGAGCUGGAGGACCGAGCCUGUCGGAGUGGGGGGUCCAAGUCCCGGGGCAGGGGCCGCAAGAACAACCCCUCCCCUCCCCCAGACAGUGACCUGGAGAGGGUGUUUGUGUGGGAUCUGGACGAGACAAUAAUCGUCUUCCACUCCCUGCUCACGGGCUCCUACGCACAGAAAUACGGCAAGGACCCUCCUAUGGCAGUGACGCUGGGUCUGAGGAUGGAGGAGAUGAUCUUCAACUUGGCUGACACACACUUAUUUUUUAAUGACCUGGAGGAGUGUGAUCAGGUACAUAUCGAUGACGUGUCAUCGGACGACAAUGGCCAGGACUUAAGUACUUACAGUUUUGCAACUGAUGGCUUCCAUGCAGCUGCAACCAGCGCCAACCUGUGCCUGGCUACGGGGGUCCGCGGCGGGGUCGACUGGAUGAGGAAACUGGCCUUCCGCUACCGACGAGUCAAAGAGUUGUAUAGCACGUACAAAAACAAUGUGGGGGGUCUGCUGGGUCCUGCUAAAAGAGACGCCUGGCUGCAGCUUCGAGCGGAGGUGGAGGCUCUGACCGACUCGUGGCUCACACACGCCCUCAAGUCCCUGUCCAUCAUCAGCUCCAGGAGUAACUGCGUGAACGUCAUGGUGACCACCACCCAGCUCAUACCAGCGCUGGCUAAAGUUCUCCUGUACAGCCUGGGAUCGGUUUUCCCCGUCGAGAACAUCUACAGCGCAACUAAAAUAGGAAAAGAGAGUUGCUUUGAGCGCAUAAUGCAAAGGUUUGGCAGGAAAGUAGUGUAUGUUGUAAUUGGGGACGGUGUGGAAGAGGAGCAGGCGGCCAAAAAGGUAAUGGACACGCAACCUCACGUGACCCCGCCUUCUCCACACUGUGUGAGCUCUGAUUGGACGAAGCUUGCCUUUCUUUGCUGUAAAGGAUUUGCGAUGGUCGUUUUACUUUUUUUCUGUUCUACUAGCUGCUUCUUGUUUUUUUUGGGAGACUUAUGAUUUCAAACAUGUUUGGCACCUACUAUUUAUAGUCAAAAAUAACAAAGGGGCCUGCAGCUGAAUUGUUUCAUACACUUCCGACUCUACUUGAUUUGUGUAACAUUUGAAAAUCACGAUGAUGCUUUGAAUAAUCUCAUUACGCAUUUUUUAUCCAGUGGUGUGUGUAAUCUUGUCAUUUAUGAUGUAAAGAAAAGUAGUGAUAUAAGGGCAUAUGGGAAAGUGUGAAUGUAAAUCCCAUCUCUUCUCCAGCUUUGGGUUUCAUUUAUUAUGCUGGUAUUGUUGAAAGUUUGACAUUUUGGGAAUUAGGCACAUUUGCUUUCUUGCAGUUAGAGAUGCUGCUGCCCAUUGAAUGUAAUGAUCAUCAAUGCUAAGCAAAUGGCUGGGGCCUUAUUGAAAAGCAGAGUGAUUUAGCUCCUCCCAUCUAAUUUCUCUCAGGAUGAAGACAGAUUUCUAUUUCCCAAAACGCCAAACUUGACCUCUGAGCCUCGGGAUUGCAUGGGUUUCAUUUGCAGUGCUUUUUGUGAAGCGAGCAGCUACGACCUACUGUAGUGUCGCUUGCAUGACUGACGGUGGCGGUGUGCAGCUACAAAAACUACAACCGUUUGUUCUAAUGACCUACGUUUCCUCCACAGCACAACAUGCCUUUCUGGCGGAUAUCCAGUCACUCUGACCUGCUGGCACUACACCAAGCACUGGAGUUUGAGUACCUGUAACCACAAUAUGGACCUAUGUAUUGUUACAGCAGACGUGGUCAGCCCCCUUUUGUACAACUAUUUAAGAACAAACUAUACACUGCAACUGUUGAUUUUUUUUUUCUGUUCGUCUGACGAAACUCUGAACGGUCUUAAGCACAGUCCAUGUGGAAGAAGAACAGUGCAGUUGAGAGACGACUCGAGGCUCAGCCCUUGAGUUUGCAAAGCCGGGAACAGACUGCUGUGAACACCCCCCCCCCCCCCCCCAAAGCUACCAUCCCUGCAGCUAUAUCUGACUGAAAGCCUUUUAAGGCUCAAGACGUCCCUCGGCAUAGGAGGACAUUUCCUGGGCAACUCCUUGAUGUUGGGUUGACUAGCGUCAGGCCUGUGGUCGGCCAUCUUGGACAACAAGGGCUUAUCUGCAGUAUGUGAGCGGGAAUAGCAGCUGCUUUUUUUAAAGGGGUUUCUUCCUGGUGAUAUAUCACAACUCGAUGCUGUCUAAAUCAGAAACUUGUGUAAAUUAUUUACAAUAAACUUAGGCGCUGUGGUGUAGGAUUUCUCAAUGAAAUUCAAUCUUUGGGGUCUGUUCUUUUCCUGACUUUUUGUAAUUGUUUUGGCUGGGGAAAUUAAGGAUGUGCGUCAUGAUGUGUUGUGCCUUAAUGUGUUUGAAUGUCUUUUCUUUAUUCAGAAAUGUCUAUGUAUGUAGAUAUAAAGGAGAACUUAUCCAAAUGAACAAUGCAUCUUGUCUUCUCUACUGAAACAUGAAAGUGAUCAAAAUUCAAAAUACAGCCAAAG